CAUCGCUAGAAUCUCCAAAAAAUGGAAUGGCGUACAUUCCAGGGCUUCUCUUAUCUUCCUGCAACUGCCCCAUUUCUCUCUUUUAUAUUUAUUCCUAUUUUCUCUUUUCAGUUUCGCCUCAUCUUUCAACCUCUCUCAAUUUUCCAUUAUUCUCCAAUCCAAUAAUGCAGUCCCAACAGCAGCAGCAGCAGCAGCAACAACAACAACAACAGGAGGAAAUGGAUGUAAUGGAAGUAAACAGGCAUUUACUUGGAGAGCUUGAAGAUAUGGGAUUUCCACUUGCCCGAGCAGCGCGUGCACUUCACCAUUCAGGUAAUGCUAGUAUUGAGGCUGCCAUAAAUUGGAUAAUUGAUCAUGAGAAUGACCCAGACAUUGAUCAAAUGCCCUUGCAGAUAGCAGUGAACAUUGAUAUUGAAUCUCCUCAACCAUCUCCAACUACUGACGAAUUGCAGAAUAUAUUGCAAGCAUUAAGGGAUCAAAUCCAAAAAACGAAUGAAGAAGAAGAAAAGAAAUUGGAAAGGGAGAGGGAGAAGGAAAGAAUUCGAGCAGGUAAGGAAAUCCUAGAGGCUAAGAGAAUUGCAGAGGAUAGUGAAAGAAAACGUUAUUUAGCCUCAAGGAAGGCAGAUAAAGAGGAAGAGAAAAGGGCAAGGGACAGAAUUCGUCAGAAACUAGAAGCUGAUAAGGCAGAAAGAAGACGGAUGCUUGGAUUGCCACCAUCGGUUAGCCAUUCGACUCAAAAUCCUUCCACACAUGUUCUGCAGGAGAAAAAGUUGCAGAAGAUUUUUCUUUCUACUACGGAGUCAGAGCAAUUUAGAGAAUGUUUAAGGUCUAUUAGGCGUAAUUACAAGGAUGAUGAUGCUGCAGUUAAUAGAGCCUUUCAAACUCUUCUGAUUUAUGUGGGUAAUGUCGCAAAGAAUCCUGAUGUGGAAAAAUUCAGGAAGAUCCGUAUAAAAAAUCCGCGAUUCCAGGAUACAGUUGGAAGAUUGAAAGGAGGUAUUGAGUUUCUUGAACUGUGUGGGUUUGAGAGAAUUGAAGGCGGCAAAUUCUUGUUUCUUCCUCGUGACAAGGUCGACAUGGCAGUAUUAAACUCAGCAGGAUCCGAAAUAAGGUCUGCAAUUACGAAUCCCUUCUUUGGUCUUCUCUCUCAUGGAUAAGAGACAAUUGGUUCUAUAUUAGGAUCAAUAAUUUGAUUCUGCAAAUUGGGAGAAAUAUCUGGUGUUAAAUGGAAUGAUGAACAAAGGAGAAGAUAAUGUAGCCAUUCAUCUUUCAGAGUUCCAUAUUCUCCUAUCGGGUUCCCUGUUGUUGUAUAAGGCUAUCAUGUUGUACAAAGCUUUGGGAAAUGAGUGUUUAGUAUCA